GAAUAUAUGUAUAAAUGUUUAUGUAAAUAUUCAAAAUAUAAAUGCAUAUGUUAAAUCGUACGUCAAUAUGAUUUAUCAAUCUCCAAUAUCUUUUUAAUACGUUUUAUUAAGUCUCAAAUAAUUCACAGUUUACAAAACGUAUUAAAUACAAUAAUCGGAUAUUUGCAAAUAAAUUCCAUACGUUGUCUACUGUUCGUUCGAGCAAAAACAUAAUCUUUAUCUCAACAUGUGCAUUUCGAAAAUAUUGAAAUACUUUAAACAAUGUUAAAAAAAAAAAGAAAAAAAGUUCAAACUUUUCCCAUAUCUAUCGCAUACCAGGAAAACUUUUUUGUUUUCUCGCAUCGAUUGAACACGUUCGAAUACAACGGUAAAAGAUAAAAUAAAAACAAAUUGAUGAGAAAAAUUCCAUAAUAAUAAUAAUAAUAACAAUAAUAAUAUGAAAUAAUUUUAUAAAUUAUAUAUUGUAAUGCAUUCAUUAAAUGAUAGUUUAAAGUGUCAAUCAACUAAAUCUGUUGCUAAAAUUUUAUCAAUCGAUAUUAUCGGUUCGUCAAUUCACAUAGAACUAAAAUAUUACUAAAAUAUUACUAGUUUUAUUUUUUACAAACUUUUCUGUCAGAUUUUCAACUAUAAACGAAAUGUUAUCAAAUUAAUCAAGAGAAAUAGUUUUGAUCGUGUUGAAUGAAUUCUUAUCAAAAAUUAAAAAUGUUCUUAAAUGUUAUCACAAUUACAUUCACGUAUAUAAAAUAUUUGUGUGUUUUCUCUACGUUUUCUUUCUCUUUCUUUUACUUUGUCUAUGGAACACGCUUUUGCCAUACCUUGAAUUAUUUUGUCGUACGAGUCUCAAAGGAGAAAUUUUCCCUCUGCAAAUACUAACAUAAAAAGUAAAAAAAAAAAAAAAAAAAAAAACAGAUAAAGAUACGGUCUCCAAGUCACGGAAACUUUGUCUACUACAGUUAUAUUUUUCAAAUGUAAUUUCUAAUGUCUUCUUAACAAAGUUUUACUUUAUUUUCUUCGUAUUGUAUCUAUUAAAAAGUUUGUUCAAUUUUAUCAUCAUUCAAAAUUCAUCUUAACAUUAAGUAACUAUUUAUUGUAAUGAUUUGCUAUUCAAUCAGUUCGAAAUUUUAUACAAUCUUUGCUUGAACUAUACCACACAAUUGUGUUUUUUUCGCUAUUUACAAAUUCAUAAAAUCAGCUUGAAAAAAUGUUGAGAAAUAUUAAAACAUUUUGUUGGAAGUAGUUGGCAAUGACAAUGCAAAUUAGAAAAGGUAAACACCUUAGUGAUUAUUUUCUUUCACGAAUUCUUCUCAAUAGUUUUUUAUUCAGUUUUCAAAAACUGACGUGUUGUAUAAUUGUUUUUAAAAAAUUCAUUUCACAUGUGAUUGAAAUCACAAAAUCGAAGUACACUUUGUUACGUCCUUAAAUAUGAAAACGUGUCGAUCCUUGUCGACUUUUAACAUAAACAACAAAUCUUAAGCUUUAAAAUCAACUUAAAAUCUGAAAGGAAAAUCGAUUGAAAGGAACACUCGAAACAUUUUAUUUUCUCAUUCCAUUUUCACUCUUCAACCUAAAGGACAAUAAAUAUUUUAUGAAAGAAAACCAAAUGAAAAAGUUGUUAAUUUUCAUGUAAAGUAUCGGUUAGUUUCAAUGAUUUACAUCUCAAUAACAAGAAACACGUAGAAAAUCUUUUCUAAAAUGUUGUUUCAUAUCAACAAGGUUUAUUUCUGUAUCUAAAUUACAUUCUACAAAAUUAUUAUUAACUUUAUAUAAGAAUGGAACAAUUCUCGACAGUUAUCAAAGUCAUUCGUUAGGUUAUAAUCUUGAAUGGUCUCGUUGUGAGAAUCUCAAGACUCUACUUCAUUAAUGGCAGAUGCGAUCACGUAACGCGGGAUUAUCUUCGUAGAAGACGGCACACGACGCAGCUGGGGAAUUAAUUAAAACGCACGUACCCGGAGGCUAUCGGGUGGCCUUCUUCGAGUCGUGUCCUACGGGCCGUGUCCUCCGGGCCGUGACCUCCGGGCCGUGGCCUCCGGUACGCGAAUAGACGAUAGGAUCGAUUGCGUUACAUUUGCUGUUAACUUCGUUUCAUUUACACACUUCAUUUUCCUUGUUCAUGUCCUUCAAUCUCCUAUUACAAUACAUCGAAUUUUUUAUUGUUUUUAAUAUCCGUGCCAAAUGAAAAAUAAAUCUUUCCUAAUAUCUUUCUGAUCAAUUUCCUUCAUCAAUUGUAAAUUUAUAAUCUCUUGUUUUGGGAAAUAUGAAUUUGGAUUUUAUUGAUUUCGCAGGAACCAUGGAAAUUGUUUAGAGCAUCGUUGCGGUAUAAGAUAACAAAAAAUAUACCGUGACGAAGCACACGCAUGCUAUUUUUCUUUUUACAGAUUUCCAAGGGCAACAUGAUCGCUCGGAACUGCUUCCAAAGUGCCAUUUGCAGAAUAUCGCGCGAUAUCGAGCUUUCCAUCGGAUCGAGACCCGAUGCCUUCCACGUAUCGUACGCGAUGUGUAUCAGUAGUGUCUAAGAACAGUGACAAACAAUAUUUUGUGCUUAGAGAAGUAAUAGUCAUCGGACGAUUGAAGAUAAUAGUGAUUAACGAUGAUGCCAGAUGGACACGUUGGUGGAUAUGGGGAAGCACCAUGAAAAAAAAGUACAUUCAUGUGAAUCGAUUGAAAUACGAAAACGUUGUGUUGCAUUUUGAACAACUUACUUCGAGCUAAUUUCAGAAAGGGACAGGGACAAAAUAAAGAAAAUUAACGAUAGGUUGCCUGAGGAGAUUAUGCAUCGCGAAAAUUAUGUAAGCUUAGGGAUCGAGGGUAAAGUUGGAUAAAAAAAAUUUCAAGGAAGAAAAAAAACAAAGGAAGAUAAGAAAAUAAAAUAAAUAUAAAAAAAAAAUAAAAGAAAAAGAUCAAAAUCAAAAAUGGAAUCGACAAAGUUAGGUGGAGCUGCGCCAACCAGCCCGAGAGCGCACUCACCUGCUUUACCGAGCUACUGUACCAACUCAGACGGUAACAUUGAUUACAUCAUCGGUGAUUAUAUGGAGAGAUUGGGUACUAGGCUUAACAUUCUUGAGACCGAAUUGAAAUACGCGUGGAGGGCACUGGAUUUACUUAGUCAGGAGUAUAUCAAAAUGUGGGAGAGAUUAGAAAAAUUGGAAGGGCUUUUGUACGAGCAACAGACGGUGAUCAGUCAAUUGAUAGAAUUCUACACGAACGGUAGUGGUCAAGAAAACGGUACUGGGGUAGUCGAAGAAGCGAGAUUGGUUGACGAGCAAGAUUCGGUCGGUGAAUUGGACGCGAUUGCAAAAAGUUUGAACGCAGCCAUAGGAAUGGAGGAGACAAGUGCUUUGAGGGAGAAAUUAACGCAACAGGAAUUGGUGAGAAUGCAUGGUGGACUAACGCAGGACAGCGUGACCGCGAAUGCCGUGGUUACGGACAUGCACAGGAAUGUGAGAAAUUUGGAGACUCUCGAGACGUUAGAGGAGGAGGGUAACAUACCGGACGAGGCCUUCUAUCGUAGUCUCAACAAUGCCUACAGAGAGGAUUUGAUCUGUGGGGAUACUUCUAGGCCUACCUCGCAACUCGGUAUGAUCUGGGAGGAAGCCGAGGAUGAGGAUAUUAAUGGUAAGAAAGAAAACGAGAUCGCUUAUUACGAAAAGAGUUCACCGAAAGAAAAGAAAACGGAGGAAACGUCUGUGCAACAAAGUAAAGAAGAGAUUAAAGCAUCGGUUACAAAGAAAGAAGAUGAAGCCGAUGAAGACGAGGGUGAAGUAUUUAGCGCGGCCGAUUACAAAAGCUAUCGAGGUAAUACACCUUGCGUCAGUGAACAAGAUCUUGCUCAAUUAUCUAGGCUGAGUUCGAUCGACCAAGUUGCUUUGGAGAAGCUUCACGAGCUCGAUAGAUUGACCAGCAAAUUGCAAAAGGAUUCUCAAAAUCUCAUUGAACUGCAAUCGCGAUUGAUAGAAUCACCUAAACGCCGAUACUCAUCAGAAGCCGAGGCUAAGUUGGCCGAAGAAGCGAGUAGCAUAGACGAACAAUUGAGAAAGAUUUAUGCGGAAACGGACGUCGAUAGUUGGACCUUUUCGAAGAGUCCCGGAUCAACGGGCAGAUCUUUGUCGAGGGUUAGCACCGAUAGUGGAUUAGCGACUGACGGUGACUUUACCGCAAGAUCCAUCUCACCGAGAUUGAGUUCCACUUCUAGGAGCAAUCUGGAUUCUAUUUCGAACACUUACACGCCUCCUAGAUUGGGAUACACUUCGGCCGUUCUAGAGAAGAGUCCCGAACCAGUUAUUCAGUUGUCUAUCGACGUUGGUAACUUUGCCAAAGGGUAUGCGGAGAAUAAAGAGCUGACCGAUUUAAUGGCCGAAAGUUUCGCGGCGGUGACUUGUGCCUCGCCCACCAUUUACAGUACCACUACUGACAAGGCUCCAUCGCCGACGCUCUCGGUUGGUAGCGUACACAGCGUUCACAGCGUUCACAGUGUCCACAGCGUCCACAGCGUCCAAAGUAUCCGAACUAGGCAAGACGGUUAUUUCGGUAGCGCUGCUCGAUUAAACUUGGACUUUCAAGAAAGUAGAACUCCGCCGAGUCCAUCACCGAGUUCACCACCGCCUCCGGCGCCGCGAGAUUCGACCGAAUCCUUCCUAAUGCCUACUGCGACGGAGGAGAGAGAGACCGAGACGAAAAGACCCCAAAGUCCUGGAAGUUUCUUGAGGAAUGCCGAAAAAUUGGUAUCUCUCGAUCAAGGUAGACUCAGCCCGCGUACUCCUCAUUCUCCUAAAUCUCCAAGAGUAUCGCCCAAGCAUAUAACGAAAACGGUUAAUGCGGCCAACAUUGUUGCUACUAAAUCCGAUUCUGGUCUAUCUUCGAUGAGCGGAUGGAGCAGCUUGGAUAAGUCGCCGAGUUCUCCAAAAAGUUCGAUCGGUAAAGCUUUGACUUCCUAUUCAGUCGAUCACACGAGAACGACACUAACAGCCUCCUCGUCCGUACAACCAGCGAGAACUUCUAGUCCGAUACCACCUCUUCCGGAAAGCACAAGCACCGCCGUAAUCACACAAGAGCCUCUUUACGACACUCCGGAAGGUAGAGAUGCUUUCGCCACAGCUGCAGCCCCCGUAACUGCUCAUUCCUCUUAUUCGACGACGACGAUUAACCACUUGCCCUAUACUUACGCGUCAUCGAUAAAAUCACCGGCAGCAGCGGCGGCCACCAAGGACGAUUACAAUUUAGUUCCACCACCGGCGCCAGGCACCUCCACCUGUCAAAGUCCAAAAAAACGAACCCGUCAACAAACAGCUCUUCAACAUUCCCUUCAGCAUUCUCUUCAACAUGGCCUUCAGCAUGCUUACGAUUCCGUACCCUCGGCUACCGUUAUGGAUUAUGUUUAUAGAUCGGAACAACCCGCCAUUUAUUCCGUAGCCGGCAGUAAUCGUCAACAAGCCAUAACGAGCGUCUAUACUAGUGGCUCCGGGAAUUAUGGCUUUAAAGUAACGGGCUAUUAUCCGGAUGCCGUCGGUCAAUACGCUGGAUAUCAAGAAAGUUACAACGCUCUGCAGUAUCCCGAAACAAGCGGAAUGACUGGCCAUAUAAAGAAACCAUUAAGAGGUUCCUACGCCGUGGAUGCGACGAGCAACCAAGAGGGAUACAAGGCAGCGAUGUAUCGUACCAUGUUUCCCACAGGAAACAUCACAGAUGCUUUGUCAUAUUAUCCGACCAGCGCAAGUUUACCGCGCACAGAGAACAACGAAAGUUCCUGGAUAAAUUCGAUGGAAGAACAAAUUCCCCAUGAUUCGACUUCAUCCAGUAUCAGAUCUCUUACCUCAGAUGGUAGUUACGCUCAAAGUCCUUACACGGAUCGAAGGUAUCCACAACCACCGGCCUAUCAAGCGCAACAACAGUAUCAUCAUACUUACGCUAAUCAAAGUUAUCCGCAAGUAGUUGGUUAUCAGCAACAACAGUAUCAACCUUACGGGCAAAGACUGUUGAGCGGCACUGAAUGCGCACAACUUUCAGACGGCUAUCAGAGACAAUGGCAACGAGAGCACCAAUACAUCCAGGAACACGAAAAUGCAAGAAUACCAAUAGAGCAACAGCAGCAACAACAACAACAACAGCAGCAGCAACAGCAACAGCCGAGUGAAUAUUACGACGCCUCAAACGUAAUAGUAUCUCAGUCCGGUUACAUAAGUAUUUCUUCGAAUUUGAAAGAUCACGAGGUCGAUGGCACAAAAUUAACAAAGAAAAUUCGACGUGGUACUUCUUUAAAAAACGCGAUGAGCUCUAUGAGCAAUUGGUUGCCUGAUCUUCAUCUGAGCAAAAGACACCGAAGUCAAUCUUUACCUGGUGGAGUCCGAAGAGAAGAUCUAGACGGAUCUCAGGAGAAUCAACAAAAAAUUCCAGCCGAAAUAAACGCUGCUAGAGGCCGAGGCAGAACGCAGGCACCGAGGAAAAAGAAAAAGCACACUCUGGUAUCGACCGUUUCUGGUAUUCUUCAAAAGGCUAAACGGCGAACUCAUCAUUCGCAAUCGCUAUCGGAUCCUGAACAAUCGGAGACCGAAUGGAGCAGUGGUAGACAAAGCGGACUUUCAGAGGACGAAGACAGUGCGAUGUCCGACGUUAAUCAAGAAUUACCAUUUUUUGCAAAAGUAAAAACAUCUAGUACAAAACGAAAACCAUCGCAACAAACGAUUACGCAGCAACAAGUUUUACAACAGCAACAGCAACAGCAGCAAACUUUACAACAGCAGCAAGCUUUGCAACAACAAAACCUUCAGCAACAGCAACAGCAACAAGCUUUGCAUCAACAAAUUCAACAACACCAAGAACAAUUGCAACAACAAGCAGCGCAAGAUGGUUGGGUGAAGGAGAAGGAACAAAGAAGGGCUGAUUCGAUCGAACACGAAACGAUCGAGCAAGCUAUGGCCAUGGAGGAGGAGGGUAAGAGUACUGGCUCGGGAUCGGGUGGAUCGUCAAUUUUUCAAACAGUCGGCGAUAUAAAACGAUCGACAGGUAGCUCGGACGAAGCACCCAACGAAAAAACGCCUAAAAUUCCACCGGUAACCAUGAUGGGCGGUGCUAGCAUGGAAUUUGCGGUAUCGAGAGCACUUGGCAAAUAUCGUCAGCGACAAUCAUCGACGGUGUCGGACGAGCAACCGCCGAUGGACGAAAACGCGAGUGAAAAGAAAUCGGACGAGGGGACUAAUGGACAAUCGUUGGAGCCGAGUUUCGAAUAUCCCGAAGAUCUUUCGGAAAAAAGCGAGAAAAGCGAAAAAUCGGGCAGUGCGCGUUUACCCGAAUUGGUGACGAGUUUAUCGGAAGAAGCACCACCGUCGGAAGGUAGUCCCUCGACAUCUAGCACAAGAGGAUUCAUUCAAAGUGCUCCUACCCGAUUUCUACCUCGUCAUCAACAAUCCCUCGAAAUACCUUGGGGAGGUGGUCGUUCCGCCGAGGACGAAGACAACAGAAGCACACACUCAUACAGAAGUACCUCAAGAGUAUCAUCGAGACGACAGAGCACCGAGGACUCGAUCGAUUCCGAGGACGAGUGGUAUUGUUACGAAUUGCGUAAACUCGAGGAACUAGAAAUGCAAACGCAAAUGGAUAUGGAAAUGAGCGAGGUUUUGGUGGAGGAAGCCGAAGAACGAGAACCCUAUCAACCGGACGAUACCGUUAAAGAAAGAAUGUCUUGCGUACUGAAAGAACUCAAAAUGAAAGCUGUUGCUAGGCCUAAAAUCGAACUUAAAGAAGAUAAAGAUAAUUUACGAGCUAGCAAAAUGAACGGUACGGUUAGCAAGGAACGUCGCACCGAGGAAGCCGUUGAAAGAUAUCCGAGAGACGAGAGACCCAUUCCUAAAAGGAAAUUUGCCGAAAGUAUAGAAUCUGUGUUCGCUCGAGUGACCGAUUAUCAUACUUGGGCUCACGAAGAGGAAGCGAAAAAGGAGAGAGCAGUACCGUCUCCGAGAAUCGAGGACGGUUCCUCUUCGGGUGAGACAUCCGGUCCGGAUAGUCCUGGACGAUCGAUCGACGAAGACGAGAUCGAAGAGGAGGAGGAGGAGGAGGAGGAGGAAGAGGAAGAGGCAGAAAGAGAUAAGGUUCAGGAAGAAAAUCAGGUGGAAAUAAUGGGCAUGGACGAGGAGAAGGACCAACAUGAAAGAGAACUAUUGUCCAGGGAACUCGAUGAAGAACAAUUCAGACGAAAAAGCAGUGGUGGUGGCAGCACCACCAUGCGACUAGAUGGCGAAACCAUGAAAGAAGUUAUCGGAGUUGCCGAGACAGAUACAAAUCUAAGCCUACCCAAGAUCAAAAUUGAUUCCUCUUCUUGCGCUGGUACUGCCGAAAGCGCACUCUUGAAAGAAGGCCAGGUUAGUCCUGGUCCACCUGGCUCCAAAUGGAAACUCAUAAAAACGUUAAAGGAACGUAAGGAGGAGAAACUCAAGGAGAUCGAAGAAGCUUCCAAAGAAGCUGCGACCAUUCCUCAGGGACCCACGGCGGUGAGUAUUAUGAUCAAGUGAGGACACGAAAAUCUCUGUAAAGCGUACUCGAGAUUCGGUAGUUGGGUCAAGUCCUAAUCUUUUUCUUCGUACCUAUGGAAACUUUACUUUAUCAAGUUUAGUUUUCCAACUAACAAUCAGAUCUCAACCAUAUUAUACCAUAAGAAUGAACAACAACAAAAUAUAACCAAACAAAAAAAAAACAUAAACGAGCUUAUAAGAACCAACAAACACUUUUUAUACUCUCUAUACUUCCGUCAAUGUAAAAGAAAAUAAAAAGAAAAAAAAAAAAUACAAAAACCAAGAAAAAAAAUGAAAGAACAAAGCGCGGUACUCCUCCCGUAAAGAUCAUUUCUAACUAUAAUAUCUUCAACUAUAUUCAACUAAUUCGAAUUUGGGUUAAUUCGAGGGACACAGCAGUAAUUGUGAGUACCAUUUUCGUAUUCGUUUAUACCAAAGUACUUACACUUUUCAAACAUUUUUCGAUUGUUCGUUUUUUCGCGUAUUUGGUAUUAACUGCGCGAGGCAUUUUAUCUACCUCGAGUAUCGAGUACGCUGCAAAUCCUUAAAAAGGAUAUAAUAAUUUAGACGAUAAGAAUGAUUUACGAGUUUAAGGCUUUAUCAUAAGGCCGCGUCAUAGAACUGUUCUCUGAUGACGUGAGCGUAAUCCAGUCAAUACACUUAUUGUUAAUGAUUACAAUAUGCGAGUGUCAAGCUUUGCUGUCCGUUAACCUUAAAAUAGGUAAAGAUUAUUAUACCGUCAACCAGCGUGAAAGAAAUUAUGUCAAACAAACAAAUAAUGAAGCCAUAUAUCGUACUACUAAUUACGCAUCUAUCUUUGUCAAUUCGAAUGUAACACCAUUAUAACGCUUGUCUAGAAACAUAUUCUUAAGAAGAUAA